UAUCAUACAUUAAACAAACCAUAAAGAAUGGCAUCAUCAAUCCUGGUGAAAGUAUGCAUGCUAAUCUCCUUUGUCUUGUAUGUUCAGCAGGUUUUUUCAUCCUCAAAUACCUCAGAAGCUGCUGCUCUUCUGAAAUGGAAAAACACCCUUCAAAACGAAACCCAGUCCCGCCUAUCUUCAUGGACUUUCCAUCCAAAUAGUCAAUCUAAUUCUUCUGCAAAUCGAAGCCUGAGUACAAUUCCAUGCACAUGGUUUGGUAUUUCUUGCGACCCUGCUGGAAGUGUCAUCCAAAUUAACCUAACCAGAAUUGGUUUCCAAGGUACGCUUCAUGGAUUGUCAUUUUCGUCAUUCUCAAAUCUUGCACAUAUUGACCUCUCUGUGAACUCUCUCUUUGGGACCAUUCCGCAUCAAAUUAAGUAUCUUUCCAAACUCACUUUUCUUGAUUUGUCUAGUAACUUCUUGUCUGGAGAAAUCCCACCAGAAAUUAGCCUCCUUGCAAAUCUUAAAUACCUCAGCCUUUUUGAAAAUCAGUUAAAUGGAUCGAUUCCUAAAGACAUCGGUCACCUAAACUCUCUAACUACCCUUUUUCUUUACACAAAUCAUUUGGAUGGUUUCAUUCCGACUUCUUUAUGCAACUUGGGAAAUCUUACAUUGUUGUAUCUUUACAAUAAUCAACUUUCUGGCUCCAUUCCAAAAGAUAUAGGCAGCCUAAAGUUUCUAACUGAGCUUGAUCUUUCAGCAAAUCAGUUAGACGGUUUUAUUCCGACUUCUUUGGGCAAUAUGAAAAAUCUUAGCUAUCUUUCUCUCUUCCAAAAUAAACUUUCAGGCUCUAUUCCCAAAGAAAUAGGUCACUUAACUUCUUUAAUUAAUCUCUCUCUUUAUGAAAACCGUCUGGAAGGUUCCAUUCCUAUUUCUUUAAAAAACUUGAGAAAUCUUACUCUUCUUUAUCUCUACCGAAACAAACUUUCUGGCUCUAUUCCUAAAGAGAUAGGAAACUUGGCACAUUUGAUGGAAAUAGACUUGAGCAUGAACCAACUCCAUGGUUCAAUUCCAGCAUCAUUAGGUAGUCUAAGAAAUCUUAGCUAUCUAUAUCUCUUCCAAAAUAAACUUUUUGGCUCCAUUCCUGAAGAGAUAGGAAACUUGACGCAUUUGACGGCAAUAGACUUGAGCAUGAACCAACUCCAUGGUUCAAUUCUAGCAUCAUUAGGUUGUCUAAGAAAUCUUACUCGUCUCUAUCUCCACCGGAACAAACUUUCUGGCUCUAUUCCUGAAGAGAUAGGAAACUAA